UAGUGUUUGAAUGGUAAACUUUGCAGUCACUGCCAUGUUUUAGUUAGUUUUCUAACUAGUUUAUCUUUAUAAAUCUUUCGUCUUUUCACUCAUGGUUUGUUAGAGUCUGAGCUGCAAUGGCAACCAAGGUAGUUUAUUCGUCCAGAGACCCUGUGCUGAAGAGAGAUGAUUUUGAAGACAUCCUGGAAGAGAGGAGGAAAUCUAGUGAUAUGAGAUAUGCUCUAAAGUGCUACACACCUGCUGUUUAUAAGAACCUGGUGCCUUGCAAAGCCAGCAUGCUUCAAAACAUUGUGCUUCAGUCCGAUUCACUGCAGUACGUCAUCAACCAGGUUUCAGCAGAGAGAGGUGAGACCAGCGAAAUGGUUCAGGAAGAGGCGGCUCAUGUGCUGGAGGAAAUGGCUCAUCGUCUGCAGCUCAGCACCAUCCGCUUCUUCGCCUUCACGCUUAGCAAAGCCUUUAAGGCGCUUUACCGUAGUGUGUGUGUCAAUGAGGAGGGCAUUCAGAGACUUCAGCAGGCCAUUCAGGAGCAUCCAGUGGUUCUUCUGCCAAGUCACCGCAGCUACAUGGACUUCCUGAUGAUGUCCUAUAUUCUGUACACUUAUGACCUAGCUCUGCCCGUCAUCGCUGCAGGAAUGGAUUUUAUGAGUAUGAAGUUUGUCGGUGAGAUGCUGAGAAUGUCGGGAGCGUUUUUCCUUCGUCGUUCAUUUGGCGGGGACAAACUCUACUGGGCUGUCUUCUCAGAAUAUGUGAAAACUAUGCUGAGGAAUGGCUAUGCACCAAUCGAGUUCUUCUUGGAAGGAACCAGGAGCCGAACUGCCAAAUCACUCACACCAAAAACAGGUCUUUUAAAUAUAGUAAUGGAGCCAUUCUUUAAAGGAGAAGUGUUUGAUGUGAACCUUGUUCCGGUCAGUAUCAGCUAUGAGAGAAUGUUAGAGGAGUCCUUGUAUGCACGUGAGCUACUUGGAGUCCCCAAACCUAAAGAGUCCACAUCAGGUCUUUUGAAGGCCAGACAGAUCCUCAGUGAGGAUUAUGGGAAGAUGCAUGUAUAUUUUGGCGCCCCAGUGUCCUUGCGCAGCCUGGCACAGGGACAAAUCAGCCAUUCUCAUUACAACCUGGUGCCCAGGCACAUUCCACAGAGGCCGACGACAGACACUCAGGUGUUCGUGAAUGAUGUGGCGUAUCACCUGGUACGUCUGCAGGAGCAGAACAUGGUGCUGAAACCGUGGGCCCUGAUCUGCACGCUCCUCUUACAGAACCCAGACGGCAUGGAGUUGACUGAGCUCACCCAGCAGGCUGACUGGCUCAGGAGUCUAGCGCUUAGCUUUGGUGCUUUCCUAGACUGGCCUGAUCAUGAACCCUGCAGUACGGUGAUCAGCUCCAGUUUGACCCUACACAGAAACUUAGCUUGUGUAUCUGGGAGCCGUGUGCGACUGGUUGUUUCUGAACCAUUGGGGGCGGAGCACAGUGCUGAGGAGGCGGAGUUUAACCGAGCUGUCAGUGUGCUCUCUUGUGCCUCCUACAGGAAUCAGAUACUGCAUGUGUUUAUCAGACCUGCACUGCUGGCUGUGGCUAUGCACAUGGCCAACUCACACAGGAAAGAGGAAAUCUACAACUGCUUUCAUCUCCUGCGGAACGUGUUUUAUAAUGAAUUUAUCCUCUGUCCUGGACUCUCAGUUCAGGACUUUGAGAAGGCGUGUAACCUGUUGACGAGGUGUGGCGCGAUUCAGGAGUUGCAGCAGGAAGUUGUCGUGUCAUCGAGUGGACAGACCACACUUGCAUUCCUGUCUUCAUUACUGGACCCAUUUCUGCAGGGAUACCAGGUGGUGUGUCGGUAUCUGUGUGAGGAGAUGGAGGAUCUAUCUGAGAGUAAAUAUGUUCCUGCAGUGAGGAGCUUUGCUCUCCAACUCAUCCUCAAAGGAAGUCUGAAGUGUUAUGAAGUGUUAUCUUCAGAUUUGCAGAAGAAUGCUCUUGCUGCUCUGAUACAACUGAAGGCUGUCAGGAAGGUCAAAAUUGGAGAUCAGGUGAGACUGAAGGUCAACAAGAUUGCUGUCAACUCGUUGGAAGACAUGCUGGGGGGUAAAAUUCCCACCCAGAAACCUGUCCUGGCACGGUUAUAAACACACAAACGCACACUCCGGUGAGGAUACUGCAGCCUGAACUGCCUUCAUUUCCAUAAUGGCUCAUUUUCACAAGAUGGCACAGCUUUGCUGACUACAAAGAGUGUUUGUUAAGGAGCGUUAAGGAGCUGUAACCGUCUGGAACAAGCUCUCGACAGUAAUGACCUUUCUCUCUAUUCUCUCUCCCUCUGUGUCUCUCUCUCUCUGUCUGUUUGUUUCUGUGUCUCUCUCUCUCUUUCUGUGUGUCUCUCUCUUUCUGUCUCAUUUUUGAGGCUGUGUUCACAAGGGCAUUUUCAACAUCUGUCAGAAAUGCACUGUUGCAUAAAGAGUAAGACCUUGAUGUAUUACAUGACAGAUCAUUCGACAAAAAUUCACAAUUUCAGUCUGAAGGCAUCUUGACCAAAUCACGCGUCAGCCAAUCAGAGACAGAAUUUUAUUCAUUACUGUCAGAGAAGAAUAUAAAUGAGAAACAAAUUGUGGCUAUAGAAUAUACUUAGAAGAUAUAUAAGUCAAAUCUUUACAUAUACAUUCACCGAUCACUUUGUAUUAGGUACAAAUAUUUGGAUUUUAAAAGCUAUUACUGACUGUUGCCCACUGUUGCCCAUCUGUUACUCUGUACAAUUCCUCACCCCCGUGACCCCGCACUGACCAGAUAAUAAUUGGGUGCUUGACCAUUUUUUAGCACUGCAGUGACACUAACAAAGUAAUAACAUGGUAUGUAGUGUGUAUUGUUCUGCUAUUAUUGUAGCAGGUGACCAAAGAUGUCAAAUCUAAAUCAACUCCAUUGUCAGAGGGUCUGUUUGUGGUGGCUGUGUCCUUUAAUCCAUACAUGAUGGCAUGGCAUCCCUUCAGAUGCUGAACAACAUCCGUAUAUAGUUAAAGCCAGAUGUUCAUAUAUGGACUUAGUUAUGUUCAAAUUUCCAUAAAUGGAUUUAAUUAUGGCCCCAAUUAUAUGUAUGUAUUUAGUAACGAUGACAUUUCCAUACAUGGACUUAGUGACCAUCCCCUUUUUCAGACAUGGCCACAAUUUCAUUAAACGGCCUUGUUUAUUUAUAUAUAUAAACUGGUGACCUUUGACAGGGCCAUGUAUAGACAUGCCUUCUGUGAUUUGCAGACAGACUCAAACACUUUGUCUUUUCUAAUUCUUCUUUACAUCUUUUCAUUUAUUUACUGCCACUUUCACAAAUGUAACCCUCUACAUUUUAUUGUAAUAUUGAAUGGGUUUUUUUGGGUGUGUGCUUUAUUGUGGAGGUGAUUUUUGCACGUUGCUGCAGUGUUCUGUUUUGUACUGGGUUGAAAGUUUAUUCUAAGUUUGUUACAAAUAUUUUUUUGCUUUAAAGUUACUGACUGAGUGUUGAUAACUGUCUAAUCUGUUACUCCUGCCAAAUGGUUUUCAGAGGUUGUUUAAUCGCUGAGUUUUUCGGGACACUGAAUGCCAUCAGAUGUUUACAUGUUUUUAUUCAUAUAAAGAUAAAAGUGAACUCUAGUUUUGUACUGUAGAACAGAAUAUGCAAUUCUAUAAGAACGUCUGGUGUAAUGUUCUGUAAUGUUGCUUGUUGGACAUCUCAAUCCAAAACCAUAGCCAUAAAUACUAAAUUACCCCCUUCCUCCACUUUGAGGCUAAAAGAGCUUCAUACAUAUGGACAUUUAUUUAUUUUAUUUAUUUGGAUUUUAAUGUAAUGUUUUACACUAGUUACAUUCAUCACAGGACAGAUAGCUACAGGUUACUCAUGAUUCAUCAGUUCAAGUUCAGUGUCAAACUGGCAAUUUUGUAUCUCCAGUUCAUCUAACUUACAUGCCUUUGGACUGUGGGAGGAAACCGGAGCACACUGGGAACACAAAAGUAGCAUACCAACGUCUAGAAUGACAGGUGGGGUGAGGAUCAAGCCCAGGUCUGUCCCCACAGUACUGGUGCCCCAGCCUUCCUCUCCAGUCACAAACUUAAAACUAUGAUUAUUUUUUGCUGUGAGUAUGUUUUCUAAAUUAGAAACACUGAAAUUCAGAAGAACUAAGCAGGUAAUAUCUGAAUUCCAGUGCACGGUUUAGACUUUAACACUCUAUUCAGCAGCUGUUUCAAAGCCUAAUAAAUAAAUGACUUUGUUGAGAGUGUGAACGUCACUCCAAGGAACAUUUACUGAACUAUGCCAACUCUUUUGCCAAAGCCAUUUCCUGAAUUUUGUUUUGCUGUGGGAUUUUGAGCAUUAACAAUGAGUCUAAUGUCACGGUUUGAUAAUGUUUGUAUAACCCAUUAUGCACUGUAUGUAAGUGUAUAU